UGUAAACAAUUGACAAUAAUGUUUGUAAUUAUUAAAAUUUUACAAUUCUUGACGAUUUGGCAGUUGUCAAAAAUGCAUAUAAGCCAUGUGGAGGCCUAUGAUCCAAAUGAUCAGAAAAUAAGUGAAUGUUGUCUUCCUCCAGAGGGCAUGUUCGAGGCCUUUUACCCCCGUGAAGUUGAAGGAAUACCCAAUUCCAAUUCUCGUCCAGCCCAUGGUCAUGGGAGUUUCUUUAAGCACCGCAAUCCAGCUUUGGUGGAUACAAAAAAUGCAGCUGCCUAUGGCUACCGUUUCGAUGGCAAAAGGCGUUUUAACUAUGAUUGAAAAAUAAUAAAAAAUAAUUCCAAAUUGUGUCUAAG